GAUGGCUGGAAGACAAUCAGACGUUUUUUCUUUCAAAGACUCAGAACUUCCCUGCCACCUACUCGUCCAGCUCAACAUCUUACGGCAGGAGCGCAUCCUGACCGACGUGCUUCUCUGCACUGAGCACCAGGAGAUCCCUUGCCACAGGAAUGUCCUGGUCUCUAGCAGCCCCUACUUCCGUGCCAUGUUCUGCAACAACUUUCUGGAGAGCAGCCAGGCCCGCGUGAACCUAAAGGGAAUCUCUUCAAGCGUGCUCACUGGCAUUGUGGACUAUGUUUACACAGGCUGUGUCACUAUCACCAUGGAGAAUGUGCUUCCCCUCAUGCAGGCGGCAUCAAUGCUUCACUAUGGGGGUCUUUUUGAGGCUUGCUCCAUGUUCCUGCAGGAGCAGCUUAGCCCUGAGAACUGUCUGAGCAUGAUUCGGUUGUCUGAGAUCCUCCACUGUGAGAGUCUGAAGGAGAAGGCAAAGGAGAUGGCUGUGAGGUGUUUCUCUGAUGUUGCUGCCACAGAGGACUUCUGUGAGUUGUCUCUUCCUGAGCUCAUGUGCUACCUGGAGGAUGACCGCCUUUGUGCUGAAGAGGAGCAGGUGUUUGAGACUCUCCUGGCAUGGAUCCACCAUGACCCAUUUUCAAGAAGAGGUGCCAUCCACGAUCUCUUCAAGAAGGUUCGUCUGCGCUACAUCCAUCCAACAUACCUCUUCCAGUUCAUUGCCAACGACCCACUGGUGCAGUCGUCUACGCUUUGCACCGAGAUUAUCGACUCAGUACGCCGUCUUAUGCUCACAGCUAGCACCAAGUGCAGCCGUGAGCUAAAACCCCUGUGGACCACACCAAGAAGGUACACAUGUAGGGAAACUCUGGUGGUAGUUGGAGGACGCAAAAACAACGAGCAGACUUCUCGAGAGGCGCUUCUGUACGACGAAAGGACUCAUCGUUGGCAGUGGUUGGCCAAGCUGCCGCUACGUCUCUACAAAGCAGCAUAUGUGUGCAUCCACAGCAUCCUUUAUGUGCUGGGAGGCCUCAGUCUCUGCAUGGCUUCUGGGGACAGCUCAGUCAGUGCCACAGUUUACACACUGUCCCUUAAAACGAACCAGUGGCGGACUGCGGAACCCAUGCUGGAGCCCCGAUAUGCCCACCAAAGCGUGUCAUAUCUGCACUUCAUCUUUGUACUGGGAGGUAUUGGGAUAGACAAGCGAAUUUCUCAGUCAGUUGAGAGGUAUAACAGCAUGUUUAAUCAAUGGGAGGCCAUGGCGCCGAUGCCCACUGCAGUGCUUCAUCCAGCUGUUGCAGCUAGUGAUCAGAGGAUCUAUGUGUUUGGAGGGGAGGAUGCCAUGCAAAACCCUGUCCGGCUUAUUCAGGUCUAUCACAUCUCUCGCAACUUAUGGUCCAGAUUGGAGACAAGAACUGUGAAAAACGUAUGUGCUCCCGCUGCUGUGAUUGAGGAAAAGAUCUACAUCAUAGGAGGGUAUACAAGGAGAAUGAUUGCUUAUGACACUAAAGCCAAUAAAUUUUUUAAGUGUGCCAAUCUGAAGGAGCGCAGGAUGCACCACAGCGCUACAGUCAUCAAUAGCAAGCUAUACGUCACAGGGGGACGCAUUCUCAAUGGCCACGAUGUCAUCGAGGACUCUGAUUGCUUCGAGUGCUAUGACCCAAAAACGGACAUUUGGACUUCAAAAGGUUCACUACCAUACAAGCUUUUUGACCAUGGGUCUCUGCCACUGGUAUGCGUUUCCAACAGACCUAACCCACCAUGAACAAAACCUCUCCUUUAGUAUGAUAUCAUUUUUGGCCAGCGUUUCAGACUGACAGCUUUGCUCAGAGGAGCUCAAUCUCUGCUGGAAAUGAUCAGCUAAUGCCGAUCUAAACCAAAGUGAAACCAGUUGGCAAUGGCAUUGCCGGGGCACCUAUGGUUGAACUGGAGAUGCAAAGAGAAGUUGCUUUGCACACACUGGAAAAUAUCUGUGCAUUUACAUUCGAUGAUAAGUAUUUACAUUACAUCCUAGACAUUCAUACAAAAGAAAUGUCUUUAUGUGGCAGCUAUAAUUUCCACUUUUUAAUAAUUAAACCAGGAAAAAAUGGUUAAUCUCUGAGCUUGGUUUUGCAAACUAAUGCUAUUUGCACUUUGUAUAGUGAAUAAUACAUUCCUUCUUAUCAAGCUCCUAAAGACAUGAAAGAAAACAAUCUUUUG